AAUACUAUAUAAAUGAGAUCUUCCUCGUGGGUUCAAGCUUCUUUUUGCCCAUACUCAUCCACUCUUCUGUUGCCCACAACACAUACUCACAACUUCAAACAUCUCCAUCAUGAAGAGCGUCUUGUCCAAGGUUGCUGCCGUCCUCGCGGUAUGCUCGCCUGCCGUCUUGGCCGCUCCGCAGCCGCGCCAGAGCUCUCCCUCCUGGAGUGGCACCAACCUGUACUACCUCCAGGGUCUCUCCGACGACGACCAGGACGCCUACAUCCAGAAGCUGUCCGACUACAACGUCAAGGUGGUCCGCCUCUGGGCCAACCGACAGAGCUCAGGUUGCCAGAAGGGCAGCAAGCUCGUCAACGACGUUCCCGCCCUGGAGGACACCAUCGGCCAGUACAAUGAUGAGACCCUGGACGCACUGGACAAGGUCUUGGUGAAGCUGGUGGACAAGAACAUCAAGACAAUCAUCUCGCCUCACGACGGCAACUCUUUGAUUAACGACUACCGCAAGGAUGCCUACUACGACCGCUGGGGUCCCGGCUAUUUCUACGAGCAGCAGGAUGCUUUCGAUGCAUACGACAACCGCCUAACCCACAUCUUGAACUACAAGGGCGCGCACUCCGGAAAGGUGUGGAAGGAGUGGCCCGAGGCCAUUGUGAGCUUCAACUUGCAGAACGAGCCCAUGACUGCCCCCUAUAGCAACUGCCAGAACGGCGACCCUCACGGAUGGGCCUGUGGCCGUGCUCGUCACAUGCGGGACGUGCUUGGCGCCGACAACAGUAUCCUCAUCUCGACCGGUGGUCUGGGUGGCGACAUCUCCCAUGACUGCACGUUCUUGCCCGCUGUCACUGAGUGUGAUGCAGUCGAUGCCAUCUCUGUCCAUCGUUAUGCUAGUGUGCCUGGAUACUGGAGCGGGUCUUUCAGCAGCUGGCUGGACAAGAGCAAUGGCAAAAAGGUGUAUCUGGAAGAAUGGGGCAUUGACGCAUCCAAGUACGACCGGAACUUUGCCUUCCCCUCCGAGGUCGAGGACAUGAACUCUGCCGGUCUGCCUAGCCUGUACUGGCAGAUCCUCCCUGCGGGUUCGAGCGAAUGCUCAUACGACCCCAGCCAGGACAGUGGCGACAAGUUUGGCAUCUUCGACAACUCUGGCGUCGAUUUGGCCGGACCGAUCAAUGGAGCCACUGGAGUUGCCGCCGCCCAGGACUGGACGGGUAGUGUGUACUGAGGCUCGUCGCUUGGAUGAGAAUAUGAACAUGAAGGAUUAGGCGCAGUAUGUAUAUAUAGUAUAUACGAAAUAACUUGAGGUGUGUCAUGACGU